AUGCCAGUCAAAGAUCGUCAUGCCUUGCAGAAGGGAAUUUUCGACUUUUUCUGGUUGGCCGUUUUGUGCAACUCCAUGUGGCCAAGCAUUCUUGCGACGAGCCCCUUUUUUUCUCCCUCUGCCGGAGAAUUUAUCAAGCCUGCCACGAAAUGGCAGAACCUGAAACAGAAACUGAUCACAAUGAUCAGCGACGGCGAUCGCGUUAGAUCCAGGGCCCUGCUGCCCCUGGCAUCUUCACCACAACGCAACUCAGUCCGCGCCACAGGUGUGGACGUACCCGAAUUAAGGGACAUUUUAUCUCAGACCGACCUUGCCCUCCAUAACAUGGAGAACAUAGUAGUUAUUGUGAACAGCGACAAACUGGAACCAUCUACCACUGGCUUACCUGGUACCUGGGACUCUCAUCCCCCUCCCUUCUUCCCCUCUGAAGAUAAUCCAAUCCCUUGGAUGCGCAUGGUAGAUUUCGAUGUCGAUCACUUUCCUGAGUCUUCAGCAAAAAGCAUCACACCUCACGCUCAUUCUCAUCGACUCUAUCCGCCGUAUUGGUUGGUUGGUUCUAUCAGGGUGCAUCCUUUGGCAUUGAAUUGUGAUUACGAUAUCCUCACCCCUAUUCAAUCACUCAACGUGAGAAUACUUGAAAGCUUGCCAUACCAUUUCCCGACUCCAACCUUCACCGGCAAGAUAUUGAUAUGGAUGCAUAAUAUUCGCUUGGCUGUUACAAGGGCAGAGGUACAGUAUAAGGAGGUACUUCGAACAUUCGGACAGAGCGAUAAAACUGGAGUACGGUGGGACAAUGCACGUGCCAAGAUGCUGUCCCCACCUAUUAAUUAA